AUGGGUUUCCAUAUCGCCCGCUCUGGCCCCGGCGACACAUAUGACCGUAGGGAUGUCCACGUCCGGAGCAUGGAGCAAACGGUGAAACAUGCUGAGAAGUACCUGGGUGAGAUCUGCUCACUGCUGGCCUCCUACACCAGGAAGACAGCCAAGCUCAGAGACAAGGCAGACCUGCUGGUGGCUCAGCUCUAUGACUUCUCCAGCAGAGAGGACCCCGAGCUCCAGAUCGGCCUGAAAAACCUGGCUGAAGACCUGGCCAUGGUGCAGGACUACAGGCAGGCCCAGGUAGAAAGACUGGAGACGAGAGUUGUUGCUCCUCUAAAAGCCUAUGGAGACAUAGUCAAAAAUAAAAGGAUAGAUCUCAAGAAGUUCAGCACUGAUCUGAACAAAGAGCUGAAGGAGUUGCAGAAACUGGAGAAAAUUCGACUGAGGAACCCAGCAGAUCUACAGAGCAUUUCUCAGGCAGAGGUAAAUGCUCAGAAGGCUUCCAACAAGGCCCAGCACAGCAUCAAACAACUGGAGGAGACCAUCACAGACUUCCAGAGACAGAAACUGGAGGAUAUCAAAAUGAUUUUUAAAGACUUCAUCACAGUAGAGAUGCUCUUCCAUGCUAAGGCGCUGGAGGUCUAUGCCCACACAUACCACAACCUGGAGGCAAUGGACAUUCAGAAGGAUCUGGAGCUGUUCAGUGGACGGAUUAGAAUGCCUGACAUUCCGGAGGGGCGCCUGGACACCCCUCUGACUGGCUACUCUUCCCCCCUCAUGAGCCGCUACCCCAGUCCUCCUCUGGCCUCCCCCAGAGGCCAAAGCCUCAGGUCAACGCUACCCUCUACCACAGGCCCAAACCACAGACAACAACACAGCCAGUACCCAGACACAGUCAGGAGGGCUCGCAGCAACUUACAACGCCAGAGAGGCAUGGAGGAUGAAGAGCCGGAGGAAGAAGAGUACGAAGAAGUAGAUGAGGAAGAAGAGGAGAUUUAUGAAUCAGAGAUAGAAGAGGGUCAGCCCACCAGCAGGCAGUCUUAUGCGGCUCAAUAUGCCCAGAUGCGCAGAUGGCAAAAGUAA